AUUGGUCUAGAUAUAACAUAUGUAAUUGCUUUGUGACUCUGUCUUUUCCAUGAGACACAUCAACAACAUGAAAUCCAGAAACCAAACAAGUGUUUCAGAAUUCCUUCUCCUGGCACUGACAGAAGAUCUGGAACUGCAGCCCAUCCUCUUUAGCCUGUUUCUGUUCAUAUACCUGGUCACUGUCCUGGGAAACCUCCUCAUAAUUUUGGCCGUCACCUCUGACCCUCACCUCCACACGCCCAUGUACUUCUUCCUUGCCAAUCUCUCCUUUACUGACAUCUGCUUCAGCACAACCACCAUCCCAAAGAUGCUGGUGAACCUCCAAGCACAGAACCAGAGUAUCACUUUCACUGGAUGCCUUGCUCAGGCCUGCUUUGUCCUGGUUUUUGCUACUGUGGAAAGUAAUCUCCUUUCAAUAAUGGCCUAUGACCGCUAUGUGGCCAUUUGUCACCCACUGAGGUACACAUCUAUUAUGAACCCACGUCUUUGUGGCUUACUGAUACUAUUGUCCUUGCUAAUUAGCUUGGGGGACGCCCUGCUCCACAGUCUGAUGCUGUUGCACUUGUCCUUCUGCACACAUUUGGAAAUCCCUUACUUCUUCUGUGAAGUUGUUCAAGUCAUCAGGGUGGCCUGCUCGGACACAUUCAUCAAUAACUUCAUCUUAUAUUUUGGAGCUGGUAUACUGGGUGCUGCUCCUUUCUCCGGAAUAAUUUUCUCUUAUACAAAAAUUGUCUCCUCUCUUUUGAAAAUGCCAUCAGCAGGUGGAAAGUAUAAAGCUUUUUCUACAUGCGGAUCUCACCUUUCUGUCGUUUCCUUGUUCUACGGGACAGCUUUCGGUGCGUAUAUUAGCACGACAUUCACACGCUCCUCUAGAGAGACUGCAGUUAUUUCAAUCAUGUACACUGUGGUCACGCCCAUGAUGAACCCCUUCAUCUAUAGCCUGAGAAACAGGGACAUGAAAGGAGCCUUGAGAAACAUCCUCAGGGGCAUACCUGCUUUUCAGUGA